CUUAUCUCCCCCUAUAUGAGCCGACCCCCGCGACCGAUCCGACACACCCGCUCCAACAUGCACCUGACACCGCUUCUCUUCGUCCUCAGCGUCCUCAGCGUCCUCGCCUCCACCCAGGCGAAGGUCCUCCCGCCGUCCUACGAGGACGUGGAUGCCCUCCUCGUCGGGUCGGCCGAGGACAUCCAGCGCGGGUUCGACAUCCUCAAGGAUCUGGAACGGAAUUGUCCGGGGCCUCUACCGUUGGAAUUGAAAUGGCGACUGGCCUUCGCUCAUUGCCAAUUGGCCGAGGUCAGGGGUGAUCAAGGACGGGACAACGACAGGGAGGCUCUUGCUCGCAUUGCUUUGAAAUACGGAGAAGACGCGCUGAAGGAAGACGAGAACGACCCGGACGUGGCCGUGUGGUACGCCGCGAGCCUGGGCCUGGUCGGGGAAUACUCCAGCGUGAAGGAGAGGAUCAGAGGGGGGUUCAUCUUCAAGGAAAACAUCGACAGGGCGGUGCAGCAGAGGCCGAGGGAUCCGUUCCUCCACUACCUUCUGGGGAGGUGGCAGUUCGGGACCUCCCAACUGAGCUGGUUCGAGAGGAAGGCGGCGGCGGCCCUGUUCGCCGCGCCCCCGCAGGGCGACCUCGACCAGGCGCUCGACGAGUUCACCGCGGCGCAUCGCGAGAAGCCGGAUUGGCGGGCCAAUUUGCUCUUCCUCGCGAAAGUCUUCAUCGAGAAGGGGGAUUAUGCAACGGCCAUCCGGCAUUUGGAUCGGGCGGCGGAGCUCCCCGUCAUCACAGCCGAGGACGGAAGAGUCAGCAACGAGAUCGACAAUCUGCAAUACAAGUACUCCGGCUACAGAUGAUGAAGCGUGUUCGAGCGCCGGUGACUCAGGGUUUUCAUCUCUUUCUUGCGUGCAUGCGAAUUUGUGAUGAUGGAAUGAACCAAAGAAUUUUUUUUCUAAUAAUUGCCUUAAUUGCCCUCGUCCUUGGGAUGAUUCACCUUGCACUCGGAUGUGGACCUGACCUUCGAAUCC